GGGAGGGGCCUGGGAACGCUCUGGGGGGGGAUACCCGAGAGGAGUCAGGGGGACAAACCGGGGGGUCCCAGCCACCAGAGCCUGCUGGGGGCUCCGGUAAGGAUCCCACGGGAAAGCCCUGGAUGUGCACGGGCAGCAGUGACCCCUGGAGGGGUUUGGGGCUGGCUGGGAGAGCCCUGGGGAAGGGUGCUGAGGGGCUGGAGGGUGUCCAGGGCUCUUGGAACCGCCUGUACUGCCCCCUCACAUCUGUCCCCACAUUUCUGUUUGUGGGGCGGGGGCUCUCCAGACGCCCUGCAGCCCCAUCCAUCCCAGCCCUGUGGGCAGUGCCAGGGGGUCUGCCAAGCCCCCCAGGCUGACACGUCCCCGCUGUGUCCCCGCAGUGGGACCUGGUGUGUGCCUCGCGCUGGAAGGUGCCCCUGGAGCAGACCACGCACCUGCUGGGCUGGACGCUGGGCAGUGUCACCGCCGGCCUGGCCUGUGACAGGUAGUGGGGGUCCCCGGGCAGCCCCCGGGGCAGGGGGCACCGUGCCCAGCCCCUCACAGCCCAUCCCUGGCAGGUUUGGCCGCCGUCCCACCUUCCUGCUGUCCCUGGCGCUGGCCGUGCCCGUGGGCCUGGCCGUGGCACUGGCCGUGGAUUUCCUCAUGGUCCUGGUGGCACGGCUGCUCUUUGGGGCCGCGCUGGCAGGAGCCUUCCUCGCCCUCUACGUGGCACGUGAGUGUGAGGGGGGCACCCGAGGGGGUUUGGGUGCUGAGGGUGCUCCAGGACGCCCUGGGGUGCGGGAUGCUCCAGGCUGUCCCGGGGUGGUCUGGAAUACCGGGUGCUCCAAGGUGCAGGAUGCCCGGUGUCCUCGGCACCCACUGUGGCCCCCUCGCCCCCUGCCAGGGCUGGAGCUGUGUGACCCCCCGCACCGCCUGGGGGUGACGAUGGUGGCCGGAUUCUUCUGGAUAGCCGGGGAGCUGCUGCUGCCGGGGCUGGCCCUGCUGUGCCGGGACUGGCGGGUGCUGCAGGGCGCUGUCACCAUGAUCCUGGCCCUGCUGGCUGCCAGCUGGUGGUGCCCGGCACUGCUGCUGGAGUCGCCGCGCUGGCUGCUGGCCACACGGCAACCGGAGAGGGCCAGGAAGACCCUGCAGGCGCUGGCCGAAGACAACUGCCCCCAGGACAGCCUCCUCGCGGGUGCGUGGGGGGCUCCGAGCGCCAUCGGCCCCAUCCCCAAAGCCCUGCUGUGGGGCUGGUGUAACAGAGCCGGCUCUAUCCCGCUUUUCCCUGUCCCGGCAGAGCUGGAGGCCCUGCCCGAGGGGCCCCCGCGGCCCCGGUACCACUCGGUGUGCGAGAUCUGCAGCACCAGGGUCAUCUGGAAGAACGGCGUCAUCCUCGGCUUCGCGGCACCUGCUGGAGCUCAUCGUGCUGACCCUGUCCGUGGUGGGCACGGCCGCCUCCCACGCCGUCACCAUGCUCAGCAUCUUCUUCGCCAGCGAGGUUCUGCCCACCGUGGUCAGCACCAGGCCUGGCUGUCACUUGCCACGCUGACAGCCCGCAGUGCUCCGGGGGAUGCCAUCCACCGAGGACAGCCCCGUUACCCUCUGCCCUGCACCAUCUGCUUCCAGCCCAGCACAUCAGGCAGCCUGUGCACUGGCACAUCCAGCAUUCCCUGCUUCCCAAGCCAGUGGGGAAUUCCCAGAUCCACUAAAAGGAUGCUGAAUUUGCUCAACGACUGUCCCAAGCAGUGCUGAGCGUCACUUCCAAAGUGGUGCUGCCCUGAGAGCCACAGCAAGGAUUGUGCCUGUCCUCCUGGGGGUCACAGGUGAGUCCUUGCCCCAUGAGCCCAGCAGUGCCUGUCCUCUGGGGGUCAGAGGUGAGUCCUUGCCCCAUGAGCCCAGCAGUGCCUGUCCUCCCGGGGGUCACAGGUGAGUCCUUGCCCCAUGAGCCCACCAGCCCUCGCGGGCAGCUGCCGGUGCUGUGCCCAUCCAUCCCAGCUGCUCCAUCCAGCGGGAUGCAGCUCAGAACCACAACCAGCAUUCCCCGUGCUCAGCCAGCUGCACCAGAAAGGGGAUUUUGGCUGCUGUCUCUGACACCCCAUCUCCUCUGCCCACCUGGGCCAUGGCACCCAGCUCCUGUCACCACACAAAGCCGUGGCAGCAGCACCUCGGGCACGUGGCCGACGCCGGGGCCGUGGGAUUGUUGCCUCCCUGACAGCAGCCGUCACUGCUACCUUUGGAUUUGUUUCAAGAUGCUCAGUGGGCAUCUGUUCUGUGAAAUGUUAAAGGCUCUGCUGAGCUGCAUAUUGAGCAGGCUCUGCGCCGGCGGGGGCUGCCCU